UCCCCCUCCCUCCCGGCUCCUGAACUCCAGCCCCUCUCUCUCUAUCAGCCGCUCACUCUGUCUCAAUAUGUCUCAAGAUGGCGGCCAAUGUGGGAUCGAUGUUUCAAUAUUGGAAGCGCUUUGAUUUACAGCAGCUGCAGAGAGAGCUCGAUACCACAGCAACAAUAUUGGCGAACCGGCAAGAUGAAAGUGAGCAGUCCAGGAAAAAACUUAUUGAGCAAAGUCGUGAGUUCAAGAAAAACACUCCAGAGGACCUGCGCAAACAGGUAGCUCCACUACUGAAGAGUUUCCAGGGAGAGAUUGAUGCAUUGGGUAAACGAAGCAAAGAAGCAGAGGCAGCCUUCUUGAAUGUUUAUAAGAGAUUAAUUGAUGUUCCAGAUCCGGUUCCAGCCUUGGAUUUAGGACAGCAGCUUCAGCUGAAGGUUCAACGCAUGCACGAUAUUGAAACAGAAAACCAGAAACUUAGGGAAACUCUGGAGGAAUACAAUAAGGAAUUCGCCGAGGUGAAAAAUCAGGAGGUUACAAUAAAAGCACUUAAGGAGAAAAUCCGAGAAUAUGAACAGACCCUGAAGAACCAAGCAGAGAACAUAGCCCUUGAAAAGGAACAAAAGUUACAAAAUGAUUUUGCGGAGAAGGAGAGAAAAUUGCAGGAGACCCAGAUGUCGACAGCCUCGAAGCUGGAGGAAGCCGAACACAAAGUUCAAGCUUUGCAAACAGCCUUGGAAAAAACCAGGACAGAACUAUUUGAUCUGAAAACAAAAUAUGAUGAAGAAACUACUGCAAAGGCUGAUGAAAUCGAGAUGAUCAUGACAGACCUUGAAAGAGCAAAUCAGAGGGCAGAGGUGGCUCAGAGAGAGGCAGAGACCUUAAGGGAGCAGCUCUCAUCAGCUAACAAAUCUCUCCAACUUGCUACGCAGAUCCAGAAGGCACCUGAUGUGGAGCAGGCCAUCGAGGUGCUGACUCGCUCCAGCCUGGAAGUGGAGCUGGCAGCGAAGGAGCGCGAGAUCGCCCAGCUCGUGGAAGAUGUGCAGAGGCUCCAGGGCAGCCUCACCAAGCUGAGGGAGAACUCCAGCAGCCAAAUCUCCCAGCUGGAGCAGCAGCUGACAGCCAAGAACAGCACACUCAAACAACUGGAAGAAAAACUGAAAGGACAGGCUGAUUAUGAAGAGGUUAAGAAAGAAUUAAAUAUAUUGAAAUCCAUGGAGUUUGCACCAUCUGAAAGCUCUGGUGCACAGGAUGCAUCCAAGCCGCUGGAGGUGCUGCUGCUGGAGAAGAACCGCUCGCUGCAGUCGGAGAACGCCACGCUGCGCAUCACCAACAGCGACCUGAGCGGGUCAGCCAGGAGAAAAGGGAAAGACCAGCCUGAGAGUCAGCGUCCUGCAACCUUGCCGGCCUCCCCUCCUUCCCAGUUGCUCCGCAACGCGGGGGAGCAGGCUUCCAAUACUAAUGGUACACACCAGUUCUCACCAACGGGUUUAAGUCAAGACUUUUUCAGCUCAUCCCUGGCGAGCCCCAGCUUACCCCUGGCCUCCACAGGAAAAUUUGCACUAAACUCUCUCCUCCAGCGACAGCUAAUGCAGUCCUUCUACUCCAAGGCAAUGCAGGAAGCAGGAAGCACAAGCAUGAUUUUUCCAACAGGUCCAUACAGCACAAACUCCAUAUCUUCCCAAAGUCCAUUACAACAAAGCCCGGAUGUAAAUGGCAUGGCCCCGUCUCCCAGCCAGUCAGAAAGUGCUGGGAGCAUCUCUGAAGGCGAGGAGAUAGACACGGCCGAAAUUGCACGUCAGGUGAAAGAGCAGUUGAUCAAGCACAAUAUUGGACAGCGGAUAUUUGGACAUUAUGUGUUGGGACUGUCUCAAGGGUCUGUGAGUGAGAUCCUGGCCCGGCCAAAGCCAUGGAAUAAACUGACUGUGAGAGGCAAGGAGCCAUUUCAUAAGAUGAAGCAGUUCCUGUCGGACGAGCAGAACAUCCUGGCUCUUCGCAGCAUCCAGGGCAGACAAAGAGAGAAUCCAGGCCAGAACCUGAACAGACUAUUUCAGGAAGUACCGAAACGAAGAAAUGGGUCUGAAGGUAACAUAACCACACGAAUCCGAACCACAGAGUCUGGCUCUGAUGAAGCCAUCAAAUCCAUUCUGGAACAAGCCAAAAGGGAGCUGCAAGUACAGAAAACAGCUGAGCCGGCUCAGCCGCCUUCUGCCUCUAGCAGUGGCAAUUCUGAUGAUGCAAUUCGAUCCAUUCUGCAACAAGCCCGACGGGAAAUGGAGGCACAGCAGGCUGCCCUUGAACCUGCCUUAAAAACACCACCUCUAUCUCAAGCUGACAUUUCUAUCCUGUCCCCCAAACUAGUGUCUACACCUGCAAUGUCUUCGGUUUCCAGCUAUUCUCCUUUGGCCAUAUCCCUGAAGAAACAUUCAUCUGUCACUGAUUCCAGUAUCUCUGCAUUGCAGAACCUCUCUGGGCUCAAAAAGGAGCCUCAGGAGGCACCUGUUUUAGAGCUUCAUGGAAUAAGUGAUUCUGCCCAGGGUAUGUUGAGGCAUGUUAAAAAUGAGUUGGGACGUGGUGGUGUUUGGAAGGACCAUUGGUGGAAUACUGUGCAGCAUGAGAGAAGAAAUGCAGCUCUUCCUGAAGAUAUAAAAGUUGAGGAAGCCAGUGGUGGAAAAGAAAAGGUCAGCAAUCAGACUAGGCCAGAUCGUAGCCAGCUCCAAGGACCGUCUUCUUCCGAGUAUUGGAAAGAGUGGCCAAACGCGGAAUCUCCGUACUCGCAGAGUUCUGAAUUGAGCAUGACUGGGGCGAGUCGCAGUGAGACACCACAGAAUAGCCCCCUCCCUUCAUCCCCUAUCGUGUCCUUGUCCAAGCCAUCCAAACCUUCGGUUCCUCCACUGACACCCGAGCAGUAUGAGAUUUAUAUGUACCAGGAGGUGGAUACGAUAGAGCUAACGCGGCAGGUCAAGGAAAAGCUAGCAAAGAAUGGCAUCUGCCAAAGGAUCUUUGGGGAAAAGGUAUUGGGGCUGUCCCAAGGAAGUGUCAGUGACAUGCUCUCCAGGCCAAAGCCAUGGAGCAAAUUGACCCAAAAAGGCCGAGAACCAUUUAUUCGUAUGCAGCUCUGGUUGAAUGGUGAGCUGGGACAGUGUGUCCUGCCUGCACAAGGGCAGCAACAAGGACAAGUCCUUCACUCUGUGACAUCAUUACAGGAUUCCCUACAGCAGGGAUGUGCAAGCUCAGAAAGUACUCCAAAGACUUCUGCCAGUUGCAGUCCUGCUCCUGAAUCUCCCAUGAGUUCCAGUGAAUCAGUGAAAAGCCUGACUGAGUUGGUACAGCAGCCCUGUCCUGCCAUAGAGACGAGUAAGGAUGGCAAAUCCCAGGAAUCCAGCGAGCCACCUGCAUCUGAAUCCCAAUCCACGACCCCUCUGCCACUCUCUGGCCACUCAGCACUCAGCAUCCAAGAGCUGGUGGCCAUGUCCCCUGAGCUGGACACCUAUGGCAUCACCAAGAGGGUCAAGGAAGUGCUCACGGACAACAAUCUUGGUCAGCGUUUGUUCGGGGAGACAAUCCUGGGGCUGACACAAGGCUCUGUCUCAGACCUGCUGGCUCGCCCCAAGCCCUGGCACAAGCUGAGUCUGAAGGGAAGGGAACCCUUUGUCCGCAUGCAGCUGUGGCUCAACGAUCCCAACAACGUGGAGAAGCUGAUGGAUAUGAAGCGCAUGGAGAAAAAAGCCUACAUGAAACGGCGGCACAGCUCCGUCAGUGACAGCCAGUCCUGCGAGUCCUCGUCCGCUGGCAUCGACUACAGCCAGGGUGCCAGCCCCCAGCCCCAGCACCAGCUCAAGAAGCCCAGGGUGGUGCUGGCACCAGAGGAGAAAGAAGCUCUCAAACGAGCCUACCAGCAAAAGCCAUACCCAUCACCAAAAACCAUUGAGGAACUCGCCACGCAGCUCAACUUGAAAACCAGCACCGUGAUCAACUGGUUCCACAAUUACAGGUCCCGCAUCCGCCGGGAGCUGUUCAUCGAGGAGAUCCAAGCCGGGAGCCAGAGCCAGGCGGGCUCGAGCGACUCCCCUUCGGCCAGAAGCAGCAGGGCAGCCCACAGCUCCGAGGGGGACAGCUGCGACGGCGUGGACGCCGAGGGCCCUCCCGACGGGAAGCCCAGCGGCCCCGAGGCGGACGAGUUGAGCAGCGCGGCCGCCAAGUCUCAGGGAGGGCCCGCCGAGCCGGCUUUCGAGGCGGGGGAAGAGGCACUGCGAGGCGCCAGGCCCUCGGAGAGAGCGGAGCCCGAGAGCCUGGAGGACACCGACGACGAGGGCCGGCUCCGAGCGCCGCGCCAGAGCUCCCCGCCGCGCCCGGGAGACGCUCUGGAGACACUGCCAAACUCUGCCACGGAAGGGGAUGCCUCUACCUCAGCUGCCUCCACCUCAGUCCUUACGGGGGAGAGCUCCUACAAGUCAAAAGAAAGUUCAGAGAAAAUCUCCAGUGUGCCAAGUACGAGCUCGACGCCGGCCGCAGGCUCGCAGAAAGCCAACUCUCUGCAGAGCUUGUUCGGCUUCUCGGAGGCGGCGAGCUCCAGGAACACGCGAGACAGCUCCCUGAGGAAAAAGAAAGCGGCCAACUUGAACAACAUCAUCCACCGCUUGGAGAAGGCCGCCAGUCGGGAAGAGGCCGUCGAGUGGGAGUUUUGAGAUUAAACUGGCCCAACUCGGGAGAGCUGGGAAGUCAAACUGGACCUCUACUGGUUUUAUUGUGUUCGCACUUAACCGCCCUGCGGGCCACAGGGCAAAAACGCCAUAGGCCAAGGUGCAUAUAGAAAUCAAAAAAAGAAAAAAAAAAAAGGAGCGUUAAGCCCAAUUUAUGUUUGUGUUUUCGAGGAAGAAAACUGAAAUGUGUAGUCAAGCUUUUUUGUACCCUGAAGUGUUUUUAUUAUUGCCCUAAGUGAUUUCCACAAUUUCUGGAAUAACUCAUACAGCUUUGCCUUGUGCCCUCCUCUUUGGUGUGGGGCUUUAAAAAAAUGAAAAACAGGAAAAAAAAAAAACUAAAAAAAAAAAAUCUUAAAAAAAAAUCAAACCCACAUAUUAAAAGGGGGCUUUUUAUCUGCCAUCUAAUGGCUACAGAGCGAUAAUACACUAUUAUCUUCUUAAACCAGGAAAAAAGGGGAGAUUUUUCAAGAAAAAGAAAAAAAAAGAAAGUUUUUUGUAGCUGUUCAGUUGCCACUAAGAGAUUGCACAGUCAACCGACUCUAAACACACUAGUUUGGAUUCCUACAUAUUUUCAAGAAAAGAAAAGAAUCUUGUUGUUUGAAACUUUGAAUUAAAAAAAAAAAACACAUUUACUCCACAUAUUUUUUAACAAAACAAAAAAAAAGUCACAUCAGGAAAAUAUCUUAAUUUGUGGUAGCUGACUUAGUGUUUUCUUGUAAGUGAAAUAGAAUAUUGACACGUAGUGCACAUUGUUUCAUAGCUUUAACUGAUUCUGGUCUUUUGCAGCCCAGAAUUUGUUUAAUACACUCCAUUUUAGGCCAAAUCAGGACAAAAAAAAAAAAAUCUGAAUCUAGGUAUUUUAUAAUCUGCUUUUUAACCUCUAACCACAGAGCACGCUGAUCAGACCUCAUAUCUGGGAGGUUUAGGAGACAACUUAGAAGCAGCAUGUACUUGAUCAUUUCACUUGGUUCGUAGUGUACAGGAUUUCCUUUCAGCAAAGACAGAUCGCUCCAAAAACGUUGGCCAGUAACAUUUCAGCCUGCUUCUCGGGGGCCUAGCCCGUAUCCCGAACAUUCAGCUAACCUGGAAUCCUUGGGAGUGCAGCUCACGUGUCCGGUUGCUGUCACACACCACUAAGAGGGACUGGAGCUGCCGCAGACCCAGCCCUUUUCCUGCUGUUGGUGGCCAUUUACUGACUCUUCCCACCACGAGCACUGAUUUUAAAUACGUUUUAGUUGUGGGAAGCUCCUUUUUUUUGCGUGGAUAAAGAGUACAUGGCAAUGACCAGACGGGCUCUUACCGGGGUGGAAGCAGCCCAAGCUCGAAACCAAAACCUUCGUGCUCUCGAAUCCCAGUGCAGCCCGUUCUGCCCUGCAGAAAUCCAGCCUUUUCCCAUUAUUUUAUGCACAGGUUAGGGCUGAUCAAAGUACAAAUCCAAUUCUAACUUGUCUCUAACUCCUCCUGUUGUCUAUAUGUAUAUGCGUGAGCAUAGAGGUGUGUGGAAGGAUGUGUGUGCGUGGGUGUGUGCGUGCAAUUUUAUACGUCUGUGUAUUUUCUUACGUACUUGUGCACACAUAGAGUGCAUUACUGCCACCUUUUUUCGAUAAGCUGUUUUAUCAGUUAUGGCUUCUACAAGUUUGCUAAUUUAGACUCCUUUAUUGCCAUAUCUUUAAAACUAACAAUAGAUGAUUUCGGAAUAUAUAUAUAUAUAUAAAUAUAUAUAUAUAUAAUUUUUUUUUUGCUUAUUUAUAGGUGCUGUAUUUUAUUAUCUGAUUGUUAGGAAGGGAUGAAAGGGGGCAAAUAUUCUUUAGAGGGAUAGACUGCCGGCAGUAUUGGGUAUAAUUUACAAGAUGUAGUUGUCAUACUGUAUAUUAUUGAUUGAAGACUUUUUUGACCGUAUUGUGUAUCAUUGAACUUUUGUCUUAGGUCAGCAUCUUUUUGAUGACACUUUAAUGGUGCAUUCAUUACUUCUUAAGUUUAAUUAAUAUUACUUUUCUGAUUUUGGGGGAGGGAGGGAUGGGGGAGAGGAGUUCCGACUUUAAAGGUAUGUUCCCAAUAUUACACCUCAGUGUGCUUGUAUUAAUUCAUUAGUAGGAUUUUUGACUGUAAGAUGUGAAACCACAUUUCUUGCAUGAUGUUUUAGAACUUAUGUAUUUCAUUUACAGUCUCUUAACAUGCAACAGCAGCACUUAGCGCAAGUUUUCACAAAUUUAAGAAUCAGUACACUAAAAUCCAUCCUUCUCAUGACUAAGGAAAGAAGGCUCUAGGAGGCUGAAAGGCAGGGAUUUAUUUCUGAUUUUCACUGCUAGCUGUUUCAGGAUUCCUCCUUGGGUAACUGGGGACUCAUGAUGUGAAAGUAAAGCUGAGGAGCGGGGAGAGAGCAGCUACCCCUUUCUGUGAUGAGCUGGGGGACAAUUGGCAGUGACAGACACCAGGGCUCCCAGUGUGGGAAGGGGGUGAAGCCAAGGGUGAGCUCUCUGUACCUGUCCAGUGUCCUGCUCUGACUUCCAAAGCACAGCUCCAUGGAUAAACACGUCCUGCUAGGAGUUCACAUACCUUAGUACAAGUCACAACGAGCUGCGUCUCCAGCCAAGAGCAAAACUUCUGCCCAGGAGAUGCAGAUAUUUUUCUUAGGUUCUUUAAUUAUUUUUAUUUUUUUCUUUGUUGUUGUUUGGUUCAGGUUGGGUUUUUUUAAUUAAUUCUAGGCAAUACACUUGCCAGUCUGUUCCUACUGUCCUUGUCUGCUGAUUUGAGACCCAGGUGCUGGAUGCAGUCAAGUGGUUACUCUCAGCUUUCUCCAUAGUGAGGAUUUUUUUUCUGUUUGAUGAUUUUUAUUUUUUUUUAAGUUAAUAUUCCCCAAACUGUUCUUGUGCCUGUGUCUAUCUGAUUGCAUUCCAUGAUGCUUACUGAGAGCUCUGGCUGCACUGUACGACAGCAGAACUGUAUUCACAGGUCGCAUGCAAAUGCAGCACUUAAGGUCAAUCUCUCUUCUUAAUAAGCAAUACGUAAGUGCCUUGAAACAUAUCUUCCUUUCCUUUUUUUUUUUCCUGUUUAUUUUUGGUUUGCUUUUCAGGUUUCCACUAGUUCUUUAGGAUUCUUUAGCGUCCGCCCAGUUUUUAAUGCUGUAAUGAUUUUUAAAGAGCAUAUCUGUAGCUUGCCCUAGAGGAAAUCUUUCUUUCAUAACACUAACUGUUAAUUCUAAGCUCCAUUAUUCCAUUUGAGUCAUGUAAUUUUGCUGGAUAAAGACAGCGUUCAGAAGUCAGAAGUCACUCCAUCCUGCCAAGCGUUGUCAUUGGGAUCUAUUAUAAAAUUAAUCAAAUAAAAUGCUGUCAGUAUUUCCUAUAUUUUUGGCACUUUAUUAAUGGCUUAGCUCCUUUUGCUGUUUCAUAUUUAAUGAUCUGUGUUGAAUGUGGAUUAGCCUGCUGAGAUGCUGUUGGGGUGAUCCCUGCCCAGAGUCCCUCUGGGCUCUCGCUGAGCCCUGGUUGGAGGGCAGGGGCUGAGGAGCACCCUCAGACCUGGAGCUCAGACAUGCUGCCAGGGUUUGUCCUGGAGUUUAGCCAAGGUCACAGCUGCUUUUCUGUUCAGUGGAGAGUAGGAUGGAUUAGUUGAACUACUGCUGAGGUUCUCGGGUUGGACAUGAGUUACUGCUGGUGUUUCCCCCGGUUUAGAGGCUGAGCUUACACUGCACGGUGUGAGCGAUAGUUGGGAUCAAUUUGGAACUCACCCUUGGGAGGAAAAUGUGCUUUGGAAUAACUUUUUUUUUUUUUAACUUAAUUCAAAGGAUAAAAAGUUGAAGGAGAAGAAAUGCCAAAGAGCAGCACUGUGGCUGUCAUCCCUUGGGUGCUGAAUGUGGGAAAGGUGUGACAUGGAGCUCAUCUCACAGGGCAGGAGAGCCCUCCUUGCUGACAUUUCUUUUUCUGAUGGAUAAAAGCACAGGCAGUUUUCAGGAAAUCCAUCAUGCCAGAGUCUGUUUUUCCUGAGGUUCUUUAAAAGCAUUUUAUUUUCUCUCUCUCUCUUUCCAGUUCCAUGCUCUUACCAAUGCUGUGCAUGAAGGGCCAGGGCUGUUUUAAUAGAAAUACAUUUCUAUUGCAGUUAAAUUGUUGAUUUUUCUCUCUGGAUGAUUAGGGAAGGAAAAAAGUGCAGUGCUUUGUUUGCUAAAAGCCAGGAAAGAGUAUCCCAUGGCAGAAGGGUCAUGCAGUGGGAUUGUCAAUACACUUCCAUUUUUCAGGAUACAUAUUUCAGACAAAAGCAUUGCAGAUGUUUAUUGACAGAAAUGCAUUUAAUUACAGUUGCUUUUGAUGCCAUAAAAUUUGACCAUUUUAUUUAUUUAUUGGUGAAAUGCCUAUAAAUAGAGCCACCCUUUAAAGGAACCCAUAUCAGUGCACUCUGCACAUAUCAUGAAUUAGUGAAUCCUUAGGUAAUAAAUUCCUUGCUGUAAUAGGAAAGAUCUGUAUUACAGUUAAAAAGAAAAAAAGUAUGUGCCUUUCUCAUUAGCUAAAAGAUCUCUGCAUUAUUUUUAUGUAACUUGUUGAUAUGGGAUUGGUGUAGAGCAAUCAUGAACACCAUGAUCACAAACACCACAGAAUUCUAUGCAAUAUUUUCCAAUCCAAUUACUUAAAAGUCACUAUUUUUCAAUCCUUUAACAGGAGAAAUAGUAAGUUAGAGAAGUUAAUCAUUCUGGUGGUAAUUCAAACUGCAAAGCUGAUAAAUUGACAUAAAAUAGGAUUGAGGGACACGUGACAAAUUAAUGUGAUGAAAUAAUGGAAAAUGCUAACAGUGGUUGCAGUCCCUACAAGCACAGCUGCUGUCAGAAGUCUGUCAUCUCCCAUUUUAAAAUUAAUAAUUUCCAGUAUUCUUAAAGCUUUCAUGAAUAAGAAUGCUCCUGGCAAAAACAGGGCAGGUGAGAAAUAGGGAAAAAAAAUCACAUUUUGACCAUAUAGAAAUUAUGAGAAUACAUGAUAAAAAGUAAUUGGGUUUGGACAUUUGCACUUGGAUCCAAAAUGUUUUAUUUCAGUUGCUAUGCCGCAGUAAUCUGUGCCUUCAGCAGGGUUGUGAGAGAUCAGUAGCUUGGCAAUUAGUUGCAGACUGAAAGUGGAGUGGUGACAUUUUUAACCUGCACAUGGUGGGCACUAUUUUCACUUCAUUUGUGUCUCUUCCUACAAAGGAGUUUCUGAAAUUCUCUCUGAUUUGCUCCUCACCCAGUGGCUGUUCUCUGUCUUCAGCCACCCAGUGUGGCCCAGCUCCUCUUGGAGACUCAGAAGCAAGAGGAGAAGAAGGAAAGUUGGUCCUGAGGUGGGGAUUGGAUUUAACAUUCCCUGAAACCAAGUCAAGGCUUUCCCAUGAGUGUGGGGCAGUUUUGGCCCUGGUGUGACCAGCUGGUUGUAGCCUCUUACCCUGAAAUUUAACUCACAUGGCUAAAACAUUGGCAAAGCAGGACUGGGUUGAUUCCUGUGUUGUUCUGCCUUCCCCUUUCUGCUCUGUGAACAUCAGCAUUUUCUUUGUAUUGCAUAUACAAUCAACUUUUCUGAGAAUUUAAAAAUUCUAUACAAAGGAAAGACCUUCCCCUCCCUGCCCCAGCAGUUUAAAGUCUGGAUUUAAAUUGCAAGGAGAAUCACUGGCAUGGGAAGUACAAGAUCUGAAUUUCUUUUCUGAUAUAACCUUUGUAGUUCAAAAGGGGUCUAGCAGCCCCUGUCUCCUUCACAUAUAUUUGAGCUCUAAAAUGUAGAAAUAUAAUUUCACCAAUUUCUUCUUUCUUCCCCAUCUCUUUUAUAGGAUAUAUUGACUAUGCCAUAUAUAAAGUAUAGUUAAUAAUGGACUUUAUGGCAAGAAAAGCUCUUUAUGCCAUGCCUAGGGACAGAUUUGUCCUACAUGACCAGGUCAUGGACUAUACCCUACCCUAUUAAUAUGCAAGGAUAAAGUGGUUUUAUGCUCUGAACAUGAAAUGUAUCCUUUUGGAGAAGAUUAGCAUCAGGCCUGUGCACUUAUGUUUUCAGAAAGCCUUAAAAACAGGUGUGUAAGUGGUGCCAUCUCUGUCCUCAGGGAUGAUUUCCCCCCAGCCAAGUGGUACUGUGGCAUAUUUAAUAGCAGUUAUUAGUUAUAAGGUCAUUUUCCAGUUGAAGAAAGUCACUCAUUUAACUUUAUUAGUGAGCCCCUCACCAGCAUCCUCUGUACAAUCCAGGACCUGCUUUUCCCGAGACCUGGGCAUCUGAAUCCAUCCCAAAAUCCUUGGCUCUCUGGAAAUCUGUGUUUCUACAACUCUUGUGAAUGGAAAAAAACCCUGAUGGGAUUCCUGGGCUUGAUUGUCAUUGCUAUUCACAAACAUCUUCUGGCACUGAAGUGCAUUAAAAGGAAAUGCCUCCUUUUAAAAAACUAAUAAUAUUAUUGUAUUUUUUUCUUGUCCAGCUCUUCUGUAAAGGUCAAUUCUGCCACUUUCAAGCUUGCUUUACUCACAGUGAUGUUGGGAGAUUUUAGCCAUGGUUCUGUAGAUUUCCUAUUAUUAAAGCUGUUGCUUUCAUCACAUCAGUUCAGUUUCUUUGGACUUUGAACCAGCUGAGUGCAGAGAGCAAUUGAAUCCUUAACCAUAACAAAACAAUGCAGGAUCAGUGCAGCAAAGUGAGCACCCCUGUGAGCUCGUGUCUUUGGCUUUCUGUUGGAAUUCCAGAGAUAUUUGUAAUACAUGGUACAAUCUUCAUCCAAAGUUCUUUGGAAAUGGAGAGUCAUGCCCGGAAUUUCCUGCUGUUGUGGUGCCACCCCUGAUUUUUGCACAGUUCCUGUGUAAUUCCUGGUAGUGUCACAACAGCACAGCCUCUCUCUUGACAGCAGAACAAGAGUUGUGUUCUCUUCUGUCUGUGUGGGUAAUUAAUAGGCAUUUUUGGGAGUUGUUAAAUGUGUCUCUGUGCAUCAUUCCAGGGUGGAAAAGCCCCUCUGUGUAUUUAGCAGUUGUGUGCUUGGUCUUAAUGGUGCAGCAGAAUUGCUGCAGCCAAAUUUGUGAAAUCAUUUGGGAUGUAGGUGAGCGAGGGUUUAAACCAAUAUGUAUUUUAAUGGGCAGAGGAUGCCAUUCCCCACUUGUCAGAUCCAUUCCCUGCUGUAAAGAGGGGAUUAGCCACUGAAGAGACCAGGCUGCUGGAGAUGGCAUGGGUUUAACUAAUGAGGACAGGGAAGAUCAUGCUCAGAAUACAUAAAAAUUAUCCCAAGGGUCUGAGAUGUGCAAGAGCCAAGGAGCUGGAAAGGAGGGGUCAAACCUUGUCUAUAGGUUUAGCUUCCUGCAGGAAGUUCAUAUCCCAGAUAUUUUCACGUCUUGUUCUCUCUCCUUUAUCAAUGUACAGUGGACAGUGAAGACAUUUAAAACAAUCACAAAACCAGCUGAUGAAGUAAAUUCAAGCCAAGUAUGGAAUUAAAGCAAGCAGCUCAGCCUUGCUCUCCCUUAGCUGAAAAUUCAAGUAUUAGGAAUGAGGUGGAACUUUUCUGUUAGGCAGCUCCUCUUGGAAGGCGAGUGUGCUUUCAAGAGAAUAAAUAAAACCUGGCACUUGACUUGCUCUGAAGUACAAUCUUGUCUCCAAAUAGCUAGGAAAAAUAUUUUUGCAAUCAGUCUUUCAAUCAGACUUCCCUGGCUUUUAUUAGCUUGUGUUGGACCCUUUGUGCUGUUUUGAUGUGUUAUUUAUAUGUGGGUAAGUUAUUACUAGCUUUAAAAGUGUUUCCAAAGUAUCUGGUUACCUCUGGAUGCUGGUGCAGGUGAUAACAGGGAGUACUUGAGCAUCUGGUUUGGAAAGGAGGAGCGUGAGGAAUAAGCAAGGUCACAUCUGUAUUAUACUUUUCCUUUUCCUUGAUCAGGGCUUCCAUUUCCUUCUCACCCUCUCUAGAGAGAUGGAGUUCAUGGGUCAUUCCUUUUUUUCUGUGGGAGAAAGAUUUAAGUCAAGCUUGAUUUUAUUUUCACUCCAUAGGCAUAUCAUCAAAAUCCUGUAUGUUGCCACAUUUCCCGUUAAGUCUUUAGGUUUUGCUUCCUGAAAUUCACUCUUUCACUUUCUCUACUUGGAAAGCUAUGUGCCUUAUUUCCUAAUCUCUUCGUGGAGAAUAAUCUAAAGCACAGUGAUCUGGCUUGCAGCAUUCCCAGCCGCUUUUCCUUUUCUUUUGGAGGGGGGAGCAAACACUGCAGGAGCAUCCCAGUGUCCCAGCACUGGCUCGUCCAGCACUGUGUGAGGAGUUUUUGUGCAAUAGAAACUCUGGGUCCGUGUCUGGGGGGUUCCUGUCCCACAGCCAGCCAGGCAGAGCUCUACUUCAGGAGAAUUCACAUUCCUGGGGGGAAGGAAGAGCCCACAUCCCUGUGGGUUGGUUCCAGCAGUUCCUGGGGUAGGACUCAGCAGCUGAUGCUCGCAGGGCUCGGUCUCACCCCUGUGCUCGUGGGUCUGGGAGUGUGCAAGAACCCCCAGUGCCCUCCAGCUGUGGCAGCUCCUUUGUGCCACCAGUCACACCUGCUGUCCCCAUUGCCAUGCCCAGGGCUGUGCUGGCUCUGGCUGUGAGGCACUGUCGAGUCAUUCCAGUCAGGAUUUGGUUUUGUGCAGAGCAGGCUCCCCCCAGCCCUUCCCGAGCUCGCUCUCUCUGCAGCAUCAGGUGAAACACACAGAGGUGGUUUGUGAUUAGGACAACAAUCUAAUAUUUCCUAUUUAUGAGAUUAAUUUUUAACAGUUUCUUUUUUUGUCAAGGUUUGGGGUUUUUUUGUGUUUCUUGGAUGUAAACACAACAGGAGUAUUUACAUAUCAUUGGUUUGGGUUGGAAGGGAACUUAAAGCUCAUCCUGUUCCAACACCUUCCACUAGACCAGGUUGCUGUCCCCUAAAUGGAUGUUGGAGAAAGCUUGGGAUGUCCUAGAGAUGGAGCAGGUGGUGUUGGCUCAUAGUAUCCAUAUCGUUGUGCCCCUGUUGUGUUUUCUAGAGCAAUCUUCUUUUUUUUUUUAAGGAAAAAAAAAAGUAUUUUAUCUAAAUGCCUAAUAAAUAAUAUUAUUUAAAUAGUUUUAAAAAUAAUUUAGGACUGAGAAUAAGAAGCCUCAGUUGUGAGAGAAGAGACUUAAAAUAUACAGAGAGAGAAAAUACCCUGAGCCUCCUAGAGCCUCUACUGAGAAUUUGCUAAAGACGCAGAGCCCCUGGUCAGAGCACAUUGCAAUUAACUCACAAGUGUUCAUUUAAAAUGAGAGACUGGUUUCCUGUGAUGUUCAUCUUUGUUGGCAUAUGUUUGACUUUCUGAAUUCAGAGCUAAUUUCCUUCUCAUUCAAAAGUUGGUCAAGGAAAAAAAAAUUCUAAAAAGGUAAAAAAUAAUAAUUCACCUUGUGCAGCAGCAACUUUUCCUGGUGUGAGCUCUGGAAAUCCACAUUGUGCAUUUUCUGUGGCACAGAGGGGUGGUUCAGUUGUGCUGCCAGGUCGAGAUGUGUUCAGACAGGCUUUUCCCUGGCGAGGUGGCCCUGGGGAGCAGCAGAAAAACCAGAGUGCAGCCCCAAAUCCAGCCCAUCCCGGGGGGCACGGGCCAGGCUCCAGUGCCAGCUCCCCCCUGGCAUGGGCAGAGGGGAAGGUGCUGGGCACUGCAGGGCACAGCACCACUUCUGGGGCUUGGGAAGCAAAUUUGCACUUUGCCUUUUGAGGGUGUCCCACUAAAAAAAACCCACAAUAACCAUCCGGCGAAUUUCCCACAUCAGGUUCAUUUUCCUUCUGGUGUAGUCCAAAAAGAAACUGAAAAUCAGAGUUUAAAAUGCCCUAGUGUAAGUGUUGGAUCAGCUCUGCCAAACAAAAGGUUGUUCCUCUUGGAAUACUCUAUGCAUUUCUGUGGUGAAAAGCAUUUUCUCCCAUUCCUUGCUGGAAAUGCUGUGAGAAUGUCACACGUACAAAUCUGGACGUCGAUCCCAAAGCAGAUGGAGGCUGGGGAGGGGGGGAUGUUCUUUUUUUUCUUCUUUUCUCUUUUUUUUUUUUUUUAAUUGUUUCCCUCAUGUCCCUUUUCAUUUUUAUUUUUUUUUAAUUAAAAAAUUAACUCUUUGCAUUUGUGCAAUAACUACUUGCCAUGAGAAUGGGCAGACCUUGGAAAUGCCCCGACUACUAACACAGCACAAGAUGAACUCGAACAGAAAGUGGUGUACUUUUUCCUGAGAACUUUUUUUUUUUUUUUUUAAUAAUAAGCUCAGUUUUUACCCCAGUGUAUUGUGGUGUCUUACAUUUUUAGCAGUAUUUUAUAUUUUUUCUGUAACGCACUAAGUCUUAGAUGUUUUUAGAGCUUGUUUGUUAUAUUCACAAUCACGGAUUUUAAAAAAGAAAAAAAAGAAAAAAAAAAAAAAGAUCCUCACAAAGACCCAAUUGACCAAAAAAACAAAAAAAGUGUCAUUUUUUUUUUGUACAAGUAGCUUUGAGAAGCCCACAUUGUGUUGCUGUGACUCAUCUUUUGUAACAUUUUAUUUCUUGGUAUUUGUUUAAACAUAAAAAGUAAGAGUUUAUCUGGCUGGCAGUGCAGGGCAGCGCUCCCUCGUCAGCAGACGGCAUUGUUUCUGUCUUUGUUUGGUUUAGCCAUAAAAUGUUUGUUCUCAGCACUGUACAACGGUCCCUAUAUGAUAUGGAGAAGCAAUAUCACUGUAUGAAACUCACACGAUGUAUUAUUAUUAUUAUUCACUAGCACCCUAGGUGUGAUAAUUGAAGUAAAUAUCUUUUAUACAAACACAA